AUGGUGCGCCGAGUACCAAAAGCUAGCAGUGCCAGCGAUGAACUCCCUAAUCCGAUUUACCCUCUGCUGGUACCGUCACAGAAUCAGGACACGGUCACACUGACCUUCAAUUUGACUGGCAAGGUCACGGUGCUGCCGCUGAUCCAGAGUCAUGGACGGGCGACUGGAGAAUGUCAGCAGUAUCGCGUUGUGACGCAACCCCGAACCAGACAUGAUGGCCACUCGUCAACCGAAAUUAUCAACUGCGAUGGUCGCAUCCGGGGGACAGUACGUCUACCGGAAGGAACAUUCCGUAUCGAGUACGAUAGCACGGCUGGGGUUCAUUUUAUUCGAAGAUUGGUGGACCCACCACACCACCGAGUGAGGAAAUAUCGUACAAAACGGAACCAUUUCAGCACACUCAAAGGCCCGUAUCAAGCCAACUCACACUCGAACUACGUGGAGUUGCUGCUCGUCGUAGACAAUUCGCUGUUUCGUAAGCUGAACCAGGACACGUGGAAGGUGUACCAGUACUGUGCUACCCUCGUUAACCAUAUCAACAUGCUAUAUAACCCGCUUAACAUCUUCAUCGCCCUUACGGAUGUUGUGAUUUGGAAGGAUGCGGAUCUCAUCAACGUGUCUACCCGUGCGGAAGAAACGCUAAACAGCUUCCUCUCGUACCGUUCCACCACACUGCUGCACGAUCAUCCGCACGAUCACGCCCAACUACUCACGGCGAUCGAGUUUAAGGAUAAUGUGAUCGGAAAAGCUAAAGUAGGCGGCAUGUGCUCGGAUCGUAGCUCGGGUGCGAUCGUACGUGUACACACGGACGAUGUGGCGAUACAGGCGAGUACGCUGGCCCACGAGAUGGGACACAGCUUCACGAUGGAGCACGAUGAGGAUGGCGAUUGUUCCUGUCCGGAUCGGAAGUGCAUCAUGACCCGCACCGUGACAGGGCUUACGCUGCAGCACUGGAGCAACUGCAGCUUGGAACAGUUAACCACGGCAUUCGGCCGUGGUUUGCAUCAUUGUCUAUCGAACCGACCGAACUAUCUGGCCUUCGAGAGCUGUGGCAAUGGGUUCGUGGAACCGGGAGAGGAAUGUGACUGUGGGCUAGAGGAGGCGUGUGAGAAUCGAUGCUGUGAUGCACGGACUUGUAGGCUACGGGAAGGGGCACAGUGUGCCACGGGUGAGUGCUGUGAUUUGGAAACGUGUCAGUUGCGUGAACCUGCAGUCCCGUGUCGGAAUGCGCGGGGACAGUGUGAUCUUCCCGAGUACUGUACCGGGCGGAACGAGUUCUGUCCACCGGAUGUCUAUCGACGAGAUACGGAACCGUGUGCAGAUGGGGAGGCUCAUUGCAUUGCGGGACGCUGCAGGACGCGAACGGACCAAUGUCGGGCGUUGUGGGGUCCCUCGGGACAUGCGGCCAGUGAAGCAUGCUAUGAGGCGAAUGCUAAGGGUACGAAGUACGGUAACUGUGGCUACGAGGGUCGGCCGGCUGAGAGUUUCCGCAAGUGUGCGUCGGCCGAUGUGAUGUGUGGACUGCUGUUUUGUCAUCAUCACAAGCAGGACGAAGUUUUGGAGCUUGGAGAAUAUAACGGUGACUCACGGUACAGUGUGCAGAAGGGCAAUGAGACAAUGCGCCAUGUGUUGUGUCGUUCGGCGUACGUAGAUCUCGGUGAUGGGCAGGGGCGUCAUCCGGCUUUCGUACCGGAUGGGGCACCUUGUGGCGAUGGCCGGAUGUGCUACAGACAGCGGUGUGAAAGUGUGGAACGAUUGAAUGAGUAUGGCCUCGGAGGGAAGAUGUGCGCACACAACUGCUUUGGGCGAGGUGUAUGUAACAGCGAAGGACACUGUCAUUGUCAGCUGGGGUACGAUCCACCUUACUGCGAACAUUCGGGCGUUGGAGGAUCACUUGACAGUGGACCAGCCUCUACCGACACGGGAGCUUUACGGGACUUACUUACAUUCGCCGCACUUACGUUGGUAGUGUUUGCUGUCCUGGUAACGGUUGCUGCCUAUGUCCGUAGCUUACGUGGUGGGCUCAUGUCUCACUGGGGACGUGGACACUGGCGUGGUUGCAAAGUACGUGGCACAAGCCUUCGUGAACCGAUCAAAACGGCCACACCAAUAGCAGCACGUGACAUAUCGCUUCCAAAGUACCACUCAUCUACGCGGGACAUCAGUGACGAUCAACAAUAUCGACCGAUCGCAGGAUCUUCCUGGCAAACGGAACCAGACGCUGGCAUCCGAGUGCUUACCGUGGCUAGACCACAGGAUCAGGGUGCGCACGGACCACCGGUAACGAUCGAGUAUCGAAUCGUACCAGGGACUCAUCGGCAUGCUCCACUUCCACCAGUCCCCGUGCACCGACAGCGUCCAUUUUAGCGAGGCUUCUUCCCGUUUGCUCAAACGAAAUCACCAACGAACAAUAAUGUGCUCUCUUACAUAAA